AUGAGAAGUGUUGUGAUUGUGGGCCAGGGCCCCGGCGCCUACAUGUGCGGGAUAUACCUUCACACAGCCAACAUGUCGCCUCUCAUAAUCAAAGCAUGCAAAGAGAAGCCGGACUUUUCCGGGUCUGGAAAUGUUGUGGGUGUGAAGGGAAUUCAGAGGCCAGAAGAGUUCAUCGACUUGGUUGAAAGACAGUCUAGGAACAUGGGGAUAAAUGUGGUGGAGGAGGAGGUUGUGGAGAUCGCCAGGAGAGAAGGGUGUCUUGAAGUCAAGACAGACGCCUCCGUGUACAAAACGAAGUCCCUAGUAAUCGACAGCAAAGCCCUAGAGACAAGAUACCGCCCUCUGCUAGAAGACAACGGUGUAUUUUAUGUCAGCGACAAGGCCCCCUGCAAAGAGGCGAUAGUCCUUGCAGGGGCAGGAUGCAAGGUGUCGUUCGAUGUGAAAGAGUUUAUGGAUACCAUGAAGCAAUGA